UUCUGUAGUGGUCUUUCAUUGGUCUUGACUGGACCCACACAGUUGGUGUUGGCAUUCUAGGAUGGUUCCAAGAUCAUAAUACCCAACAACAUCAGCUCUUUCUUGUGUUUUAUCUUUCCCAUCUUCCACAUGCAGCCAGGGUCCUGGGAUGAUCUGCCAAUUAAACCUGAGCUGAAGAAGUCUCUGUCUCAGAAGCAGGCCAGCCAGCAGAGGGCCAUCUGGGAGCUGAUAUCGACCGAAUACUCGCACAUCAAACAACUCGAGGUCAUCAUUAAUCUGUUUAUGCAGUGUCUUGAGCUGGUGAGAAGAGCCAACGUGAUGUCCCGAGACAACUACCACAACGUGUUCGGGGGCUACAUGGAGGAGCUGUACGCCGUCCACGACCAGUUCUGGUCCUGGACCCUCUGGCCUUGUCUCGAACAGGUCUACAUAUCGGGCAAGCCUCUGGACCUCUCCAUCAUAAUCCAGCGCUUUCCCGAGUUCAGUACAGACUUUGAAAUCUACGAGCAGCAUUGUGCCCUGGACACAGUCAACCUCCGACACCUCAACAAAGCCAUGAAGAACAGAGACUUCCAAACGUACCUUGAGUGGUGCGAAGCUCACCCAGUGUGUCAGAGACGAAAGUUGAAGGAUUUUCUAGUCAUCCCGAUGCAGCGGCUCACGAAAUAUCCUCUCCUAUUUAACGCCAUCUUGAAGGAGACGAUGGACUCCGCCCACCAUCAGCAACUGGAGCAGAUUUGCUCAGAGGUAGACUCAUUUGUCCAGUCGGUCAACACCGCGCUAGUGGCUCAAACUGAAACAGAGAGAGUGAGAGACGCCAUGUCCCGGAUCGUGACUUUCUCUGCCGUCGACAUCCCCGGGGAGUACAGGGAGCUAAUGCAGCCAUACACCCACCUCGAUCUCCUCACCCCGAUGCCCGAUGUGGAAAUGGACCAGCCACGAGUCCUCAUGUUGGAGGGAAACCUGAAAUUCCGCGACACCUCCUCAAAGAUGGUCGCCCACGUCUUCCUCUUCACCGACCUCCUCCUCAUCACCAGACCCAAGAAAGGAGGAGAGAGAUUCAACAUCGUGAGACCUCCCUACCAGAUCUCGUCGCUGGUACUCCACCCACUGGAGGGAGGCUCAUUCCUGGUCCUGGUCCUGUCCCAGUACCACGUCAUGACGUCGUGGUUUACUCUCAAGGCCACCACCGACGCCGUGGCAACCGAGUGGAUGCAGACCAUCUCUCACGCACAGAAAUGCUACACUGCGGCAGUGGAGAAGAAGGCGCAGUAUUGUAAGGUCCUGCAGAGCCUCAAGACAUCAAGAAUACUCAACGGACUGGAGAACAGGUCCCCAUGCCAGAGUCAGGGCUCAGGUCUCCUGUCACGCCCGAGUCUGUCUCCGCCCAGGCGGAGUCCCACCACCUCCACAGAGUCUCUGGACCAUGCCCACCACCAUAAACCAUGCCCAAUACUCCCGUUUGAGCUCCGCCCAACCCAACCAAUCCCGAUAUGCCGAUCCCGCUCGGCCGAUCAGACCCGCUACAAAUUCCACUCCAACCCAGCCCUCACCCAAAUCAGGCUGUCCGAUCCAUUAAUGGGAUGGCCCGGAUUCCUCUCAACCUCAUCUCAGUGGCUGGAGAGGACGUCCAGUUUGAAGACGCUCAUUGAGAGGCCGGAAUCAGGAUUUGCGUCACCCGCAGUGUCAACAACUCAACUUCUCUCCCCCCACACCCGAUCCCACUCCAUGGACCACACCCAAUUCCCUCCACUACCUCCUAGAAAUUCCUCGUUGCCACAGCAACAAGCCCCGCCCUCCCCCGACAGCAGUGAGAGUGAAGUAAACAUCCAGGAGACUACCGAUGCCAUGCCGCCAGAUUUCGAUGCCUCGUCCUCCGAGGAGCUUUUGCCUUCGCUGACAGGAGGCCAACAAAGAGCCACAUUUGGGAAAUGCCAGUCAACGGACGAAGAUGUAUAUCGACCUGAACGACAGGGGAAGGCGAACGGGGAUGAGGAGGAGCGAGGUAUUGGAGACCUCGUUAUGGUGACUCCGCCCACCCCAAGCAGACCAUCUCCUAGAAGAUCUGCAACAGCGUUUUCUUCGGCAAACAAAACGCCAAACUCCACUGCGAGUCAGGUGUUCACGGGAAACAAACCAAAAUUUGGUCUUCAGAGAAUGAUGCAUGGUAGAAAAGGCUCCAUCGACUCUGCUGUUGCCCGGGAGACAGGCUCCGCCCACCCGACAAAACACUCUAGUCUACCGGGCUUGGCGAGCCUCAAGAAUGCAAUUCAAAACAGGAGAAAUGCCCACAAAAACGGGAAACAGAACAACUCUCCUGGCACUUCUCCCCCGCAGAAGAGAGCCAACAAAUCUGGCCACGCCCACAGGAAGUCACGUGAUAAUGACUCCGCCCACAGUGCCCUCAGCAAACUGGGAGGUGCAACAUUGACAAUCCUAUGUGCUGUGAACGAGGGAGAGGGGGAGGGAAGGGAGGAGGGAGAGGGGAGGAAGGAAGAAGUUCAACACUCUGUAAUUCCGACUAGUGAAUCGGACACUGACAGCUUGUCUUCGUCGCCACGGACACUGGUCGUGGAAUGCAUCAACGACAUCACAAACUUGUCGGAAGAAAAUCAACACGACAUAGAUGCAACGAACACCUCUGAGCGUCAGAGUUUAAAUUUGGAAUCCGACAGUACCUCUUCCCAACUAAACCCUACCAAAAACGACGAUCGCGAACAAAACGAGGCCAAAACUGGCGAAACAACCCAGGGAGGGAGAGUGAGAGAGAGGGAAGUCAGGAGCGGACCACCAAUCAUCCUCAUCAGCCAGUUCUCCAUGUCCUCCUCAGCCAGUAGCGAGAGUGAACUGAGUCAGAGUUCAGACAAGAGACGAGGAGUCUCUCCUCCCCCAGUACUGGUUGAAGAAGAAUCUACUGCCGCAGUUGGUGGAGAACCCACUGGGACUGACUGGAGUCGUGGAGUGUGUGAAGAGGAGAAGGUGGGAGAGGGAGGGAGCAGGGAAGGAAGCACAGAAGAACGAGAUGGAACUGACAAAAGCAAAGAGAAGGCACUUCCACGUGGAACAGAAGGUGAUGAAAUACUUUGUGUUGAGGAGAGGACUGACGCUACUGAACUAAGUGUCUCCUCUUCUGCUUUUUCAAUCACUGCCAAGACAAGCGAAAGUCGCCACAACAGAACGAGAGAAAACCACAGUAGUUCUCUCUCUACCAGUGAAAGAAACUCUUCUGCUGUCUCUCCGGAAGCCCAGUCUAUCGCUCCCUCUCCCCUUACAAACACACUCACCACCUGCAGUGAGAACAACACAUCGACUCAACUCUCUUUCAACCAUGACAAUCAAUCCUUAGAGCCACUCUCCCCAUCCUCCCUCCCUCCUCCCUCUGAAAGUCCUUCAGCCACUACCUCAUCUCUUCCCCCUCCAACCAACAAACCAACCAGCAACAAUCCAAAGUCUCUACCAAUAAACAAGUCACACGAGAGUCCCACUACUACCAGUAAGCCUCAAAGUGAAGCUACCACGAGUAGCCCCAAUACUGUACGAAACUGAGUCCCAUACCAACGACGACCUUUCCUUCCCAAGCCCUCUAAGAAACAGGACAGCAGCAAACCCAAGACCUUUCGUCUGCAGAAGACACAUGCUAGUCCAACUGGAGCCAGCAGCGGAGCAAACGAUGCUCAUAGCACAGCUAGAAAACCUCGAAAAGAUGGUCCAGAUGCUAGCAAGAUGUUGCAGCCCGUGAGUGAGUCUAGUUCAUAACUGGUAGAAAGUCUCAGAGUCCUCCUACUGGUGACCCAGGCACCAGCGAAGCUACCGAAACUACCAGCCCUGCUAGGAAGUAUCGAAGCAACAACAGCGCAGGCAAUUCUAGAACAACAGCGCACCAUUCCACUACCGAUAGCCCCAGAACUGCUAGAAAGACUCGAAACGAGGCCACCAUAAAAGGAGUGAGAGAGCUGCUCAAAGAUAUUUGAGAAUGGAGACACAGCUUCUGCCACGGGACCACACCAGGUCGUCAGGAAGUCUCGCAGUACGAUGACUGGUCUGAACUUUCACCUGAGCAGUUACAGUGAUAAUAGUGGGCGGGGUCUCCAGAAUGGUUCCCAUAACAACAGUCACCAGGAUGGUUCCCAUAGCAGCAAUGGGCAGAGUGUCCGAAGUGGUUCCCAUGACGACAGUGGGCAGAGUGUCCAAAGUGGUUCCCAUGACGACAGUGGGCGGAGUGUCCGAAGUACUUCCAAUGACGACAGUGGGCGGAGUGUCCGAAGCGUUUCCAAUGAUGACAGUGGGCGGAGCAUCCAAAGUGGUUCCCAUGACGACAGUGGGUGGAGUCUAAGAGUGGAGAGCAAUUUGAAGAAGUCGGUGAGUGCGUCACAUCUCCAUCAGUGGGUGGGGCAGUCCAAGAGAGAGAGGGCGGAGUCAACGAGAUCAUCCCUACCGCCUGUGAGUGAGUCUAUGAGAGUCGUCGCCAAGAAAGAUAGAGCUAGUAGUCUUGAUGACCUUUUGACCCCUCGCCCCCUUCCCUCCUCGUCUUUGUCAGUGGCGACAACCAUACGAAACAGCGUUGUACAGAUUCAGACUAUUACCGACAACUACCUGUUGCCGAGGCAACUGGAAAACAAACAACAUAGGGUGUUGACCUCUGGACCUGUGCGGAGGAGAAAGGAUCCCGUCCCUAUUCCAGUCCAGAACAGAACGGGGGAGCAAGAGCUGAUGGCUGCGAUGACAGAGGAAAUAUUGAACAAUGGUCAGCUUCGUCAACGCCAGGAACUAAACAACUACCGCUCACGACCAACAGAACCAAAACUGGACCACGGCAGACCAAAAAACGACAAAAGUUACACCAUACAAACCCAACUUGUACCAAAGAACAAAAAAGACAACCAAACGAUUUCACCACCUCGUCCAUCCCAGACCCACCAAAACAGAAAACUGACCAAAAUCGACCACAGAUUACCAAAUGGUAGUGACCAUUCGCUACAUAUGGUAAAGGACCUUGCUGCAAAGUUUGGUGGGAGUGAAGUCAAACGUGACACCAGUACCAAACCACAGUAGACCAUCCCUUCCAGACCACACCCAAAACGGCCACGCCCAACAUGGAGUCAUUAGUAGGGAACAUGCAGUAAAGUCGGAAGGUUUUGAAUUCAUGGGAGCCAGAGUUUAUACUGCCACGGGGAGAAGAUGGGGAGAAGGAGAGGAGGGGAGGGAGGGAAGGGAGAGGGUGGGGGGAGGAGGAGAGGGGGAGAGGAGAGAUGAGGGAGGAAGGGUGCGAGGACGACCAUCUAUCAAGAGAGGAAGAAGGGUGACCAAAGACCAUAGGCCAAAGGUCAGCAGAACUGACAACUCCAAUGGAAACAAUAACACCAGGAAGCCUGUGUCACGUGACUUGUCAGGUGAUUCGGGCCACACCCACCCAGUAGGGGAAACCAUUGUUGACAAACAUGGCACUCUGAGAACAAUGUGCUAGUACAACCACACUAUUCAGC